CUUUCGGUAGAAGGAAAAGUGCCGCUUUCGGUUUUUCUUGAAAAAUGGGGAUCGACGGACUCCUUUUCUUACUAGCCGUUAUUGAUGAAGGAGCUUUGUUGUUUUUAGUUGUGUAUUUUGUUAUAACACUUUCAGAUUUAGAAUGUGAUUAUCUGAAUGCAACUACAUGUUGUACAAGACUCAAUAAGUUUGUAUUACCAGAGAUUAUAGCCCAGGCUGUUCUAAAUGUUCUGUUCUUAAUAACUGGUCACUGGAUCCUGUUCCUCCUGUAUACACCUUGUACAGCAUGGAUAAUCUAUAUAUAUGUAAUGAAGCCCUCAGGAAACAUUGGGAUAUACGACCCAGCAGAAAUCCAUAACAGACAUCAACUCAAAGCCUACAUGAGAGACAAUAUGAUCAAAAUGGCUGUCCAUCUAAUCUUUUUCUUCAUUUUCUUGUACUGGAUGAUAUAUUCCCUUAUUAAGGGCUAUUAACCUCUGACCUCUGGUGUUCCCAUGGUGAUGAGUGUGAGUGACAUUGUAGUAAGAGUGACAUCACUUCCUGUCUACUUGUAGGAUGAUUUACAGCAUGUUGAAAGACGACACAACCAUGUUUGGAGUUCCGGCAGAGAAGGCUACAUUAACAGAUGAUCCGUAUGAACUUUAGUAGGUGUGUAAAUUUCAGUGUGAACUGUAGAAUUUGUAUGAGCUUUACAUGUGUUAUUUUUCAAGUGUUAAGUUGCAUCGUCUAAUACCCACGGAUGAACUUGUCUUUUACUCAUCAGUCACCAUGAAUAAAAGAACAAGAUCAAAUGUGGAUAUAGAUGAUGGUUAAGUUGGUGCAUAAUGCUUUUUUUGAAAGGUUUUUUUUAUGCUUUUGGUUGCAAUAGUCCCUUAGUAAUAGGAUAUUUACAAGAUUGUAGAUGAUAUUUUCAUACUUACUGAGUAUUAAAAAUAUGUCAAUUGUGUUUGUUCCUCAUCUAACCUUAACACAAUGCCUAGACUUUAAAACAACAAAAAAUAUUAUCAAAAAAUGUUACAUUGUAAUACAUGUACUACCAAGCAAAUGAUGUGUAGGCUAAUAGUUAUAGUGUAUGUACAAUAUAUUUAAAUGUAUGUUUUAUGAAAUACAUUACUUAACAAAUUAAACAUGAAAUGUGUUUGAACAAAUUUUGUAAAUGGUACAUAUUUUGUGUAUUGUUUUUCACCUCAAUACAAUUUCUCAUUUUAAAAUUUUUAUGUAUAAAGCUACUUGCUGCAAAGAGAGUAUUCAUAAAACUGAACACGGCAUGGAAGUAGACAUUAUCUAUAUCAGUUUUUAUACAUGUAUUUUUCUUCCUAGAGAAACAUGGCAGACAAAGAUUUUCUUCCUUUUAUAUGUCGUGUUCAGCUUUAGUAGCUCAAGACUCCCCAUUUUUAGGGAGCUCGAAAUAAAAUAUGUUUUUCAUUGUCUUCAGUCCUGUUUCAGAGCUUAUUAUGUACAAUAUGUUUAAUUUCACUAAAUUCUAGUAUUGGGUGGAGUGCCUUGUAGAGCCCCAAAAAAAAUUAUUUUGAAACAAGUGUUUACCCUAAUUUUUAUCUUCAGUGUCAAGUAGUAUACAGUUAUGUCCAUUUCCAAUGUGAUAUACAUGUAUCAUUUUAUAAAUCACUUUUCAUGCAUGAAAGUUUCUUGUGACUUUAUUAAGACAUACGCAUGUACAGACUGUAUUUAAUUGUUUUUUUUCUAAUACAUGUAUAUACAAAACAGCAUUUUCCUACAAAAACAAUUUUAGGAGAGUCAAAAGUAUUAACAUUAUAAAGUAAUGCAAUAAGGCAGGAAGAUGAUAUGUUUAUGUACCACCGAACAUGUUGUCUGUGUUGUCUGUUCUAAAACUCGACCUUUUUUCAUGUUUGAUGAAUAAAAACAUUUUUAAAAGA